GUUUGUCACACGAUGCGCGUUCUGCUUGUGGCGUUCGGUGUUUGUGCCGUUUUGGCUUUAAGCCAAGCCAGGGUGUUCCAAGGGGAAGAUGAAGAACCUCAGGAUUUAGCUUUGGCUGAGUCCAAACACCAUUCGUCGCAUGAAGAAGGUGGAGGGCAUGAAGAGCAUGGCGAUCAUCACAGUGAGCAUGGAGAAAAGGGCGAUAAGGGCUAUAAAGCCAAGCAUCACCAUGACAAGGGCGAUCAUGGAAAACACGGGAAGCAUCACCACUCUAGUCACCACGCCGAAAAGGGCGGACAUCACAAGUCGCAUCACGAUGAGGCCGGACACCACGCUGAACACCACGAAGGUGGUAAAAAGCACAAGGCCGGCAAAUUCGGUGAGAAAAAAGGACACAAGAAGGGGCAAAAAACGACCGGUUACCAUCACAAGUCCCACAAAGACGAAUACCACAAGGAGCACAAAUUCUACGAUGAUCACCACAAAGGCGGUCACCACUCCAAACACGGCGACUUUCACGGCCAUCACGGCGGCAAGGAGGGUCACCACAAGAAGGGAGGCAGUCACAAAAGCGGUUACCAUGACGAUCAUCAUGGUAAGAAGGGUCAUUCCGCCAAAGGGCACUACGAUGAAGAUCACAAGGGUCACAAAGGUCAUGGAGGGCAUGAGAGUCACCAUUCCCACCAUUCCGAUUAUGGAAAGAAAGGAGGUCAUUCCGGAGGAAAGGAGUACGGAUUCAGUGAUAAACAUUAGAAUAAUGACUGAUUUUUGGAGAUUGUUGAUAUUUUGUUGUAAAGUUACUAUUGUCCAUUACUGUUAUUUUAAUAAAAAG